GCGUCAUUCUCGUUCCUUUCGAGUCUUCAAUUCAACACAACAUUAUAAUUUUUAGGUCUUUUGAUCCGUAUUAAUGGCUGCCGUAUUGCGCGGUUGAAUGGUUGCUUUAAUUUAAACAUGAGUGAUUAUUCUUCUAUGGCUACGCUUCCAAAUAAUAGCCAACCGGGGGGAUUUGCGGCUGCAGUACAACGUGCGAGAUUAGUUGCUGCUAAGAUCGAAGGAGGUGGUACUAAAAGACCAUUAGAAGACGGUUUGGAACCAAGUGCUAAGAAACAAGCUUCAGUUGACUCUUAUCCUCCUCAACUGCCCCAACAACCAUCAAUGAGUGCAACAGCAGCAGCGGCGGCGGCUGCCGCAGCAGCAGCAGCCAGGCUGGCAGCUAACUCGGGAUCCAACUCAGGUCCUCCAUCUGUAGGAUCUUCCAAUAUGAUGCCAGAUCAAUCCAUCAAUGAAUACAUCCGUGUUCCAGACAAGAUGGUCGGACUAAUUAUAGGACGUGGAGGAGAACAAAUAACAAGGCUCCAAGCUGAGUCCGGUUGUAAAAUUCAAAUGGCUCCCGACUCUGGCGGUCAACCUGAUCGCCUUUGUACACUUACUGGAUCGAGAGAAGCGAUUUCCAGAGCAAAGGAAAUGGUAAAUCAGAUCGUGAACCACCGUGGGCGCGAAAACGCCCCUCAGCAUCAGGAUGGACCCGGCGGCGGUGGUAUGCCGCCGAUGAUGCGCGGGGGUGGGGGCGGCGGCGGCAGCGGCGGCGGCGGCGGUGGCGGAGGGGGCGGCGGACUUGCCAUCACUGAGGAAAUCAUGUUACCGGGACCUAAAGUGGGGCUGAUCAUUGGAAAAAAUGGAAAAACUAUAAAACAGCUCCAAGAACAGUCUGGUGCCAAAAUGGUUGUCAUACAAGAUGGACCUAACACUGAAUAUGAAAAGCCUCUGCGUAUAUCAGGGGAUCCAUCAAAAGUGGAGCACGCUAAACAAAUGGUAUAUGAGCUGUUGGCUGAAAAAGACAUGGCACAAGGACAAGGUGGGGGGAACAGGAAUUAUGAUGAUGGAUAUCCCCCACAAGACCAGGGCAAUGGCCUCGCUACAAACUCAACUGAGGUGUUAGUUCCCAAAGUAGCGGUAGGCGUAGUUAUCGGCAGGGGAGGUGAUAUGAUCAAAAAAAUUCAAGCAGAAACAGGUUGCAGAGUUCAAUUUCAUCAGGAAAGAGACGAUGGUCCAGGUGACAAGAGGUGUUAUUUACAAGGAAAACCACACCAAGUUGAACAAGCUCGGCAAAUGAUUGAAGACUUAAUAGCAAGUGUAAAUAUGGCGAUACGGUCUGGUCGGGGCCGCGGCAACUCGGCGCAGCGGAACGGCGGCGGCGGCGGCGGCCAGCGCGACGACUACCAGCAGUGGCAGGACGCGCCCGAGAUACGAGUUACAUUCACCGUCUCCAACGUCAAGUGCGGACUCAUCAUCGGCAGGGGUGGAGAAGUAAUCAAGCAGAUCAAUGCUCAGUCUGGUGCUCAUUGUGAGCUCGACAGGCGAGUACAGAACUCGGACAGGAAUAACCGGACAUUCUUCAUCAGAGGACAUCCAGACGCAGUGGAGCACUGCAAACGGAUCAUUAUGGAGAAAGUUGGAAUGCCAGUGAACUUCAUCCCCGAAGGCGGGAACAACGGGGGUGGUAACGGCGGCAACGGCAACGGCGCGGAGUUCUAUGGCGGCGGCGGCCCCGCCCCCGGCCCCCCCGCCUGGGGGUACAACCCCAACUGGCACCAAGGCAACGCGCAGCAGCCACAGCCACAGCAACAAGUGCAAAUCAAUCCAGCCACCGGACAGCCGGAUUACUCGCAACAGUGGAUAGACUAUUACCGGUCGUUGGGACUGGUGAGGGAAGCAGAGGCUGUGGAACAACAGGCCAAGCAGCAACAGCAGCAGCAGGGUGGCGGUAGCGGCGGCGGCAGCACCCCCGCGCCGGGCGCGGCAGGCGGCGGCGUGCCGGCGGCCGCGUCGCCCGCGCCGGCUGCGGAUUACAGCGCGCAAUGGGCCGAGUACUACCGCUCAAUGGGCAAGAUCAAGGAGGCGGAGGCGAUCGAAGCACAGAUCAAACUCAAGCAACAAGGCGGCGCACCGCAGGCGAGCGCGGCGCCGCAGCCGACGCCGCAGAGCACGCCGCCCGCUGCGAGCGGCCCCGGCGGCGGCGCGCCCAUGAUGCCCUACGGCCAGUACGGCAUGUACGGCGGCGGCAUGUACGGCGGGUACGCGCCCUACCCCUACCCCGGCCCGCCGGCGCCCGACCACCAGCCCCACCAGCCGCACCAGCAGUGAGCAGUCGCAGCCGGCCGCGCGGACGUCGAAGAUACCUCCCAAUUAUAGAACUAUAAUGAUUAACAUAAGCUUCGCGCCCACAAUAAAUAACAUCACCGAAACACUCCCCCGCGCAGUACCACGUCACAUAUCAGUUUUAUUUGUUGUGGGUCGUGCCCGAUAUUGUAACCGUAGCCUAUGAGAUUAUCUUGAUUGACCGCUUGUACGUAAACUCGGCCGUGUGGUAUAUUCCGUUGCCCCCCCAUUUACUGUAUUCGAAAUGUUUCCGAAUCGAAUGCUACUGAAUAUUUACGUGUGAUGCCAGUCUGUCCAGGUUAAGAUUAGAAUGCCACACUGCCUAUAUGACGUAAGAGAUCCGUCGGAGCCGUAGAGGGCACGCGGUACCGCGACAGACCCACCACCGCUGCGGGAUUGCGAGGUAACUGCACUCGAGUGACUAGCUUAACACCUAUACUCUGUCGGGAUAUUUUCAUGUGUAAUCUCAGAAUUUGAGUAUCGUUCACGAUGUUCAGUACCACGAUUUUUCCGAGCCGGAGGCCCGGCUCCCGACGUAAAUCUCUUUUCCCAGUCAAUUAACUUGAGAUCCGAGACUAUUUAUAUGCGUGUAAAUACGAGAUGUAUUAUGUGUUGCGUGGGCCGCGAUCGCAUACGAUUCCCUCAGUUUUUCUUAUUUCGUUUGUACGUAAACUCCUCCAGCAUUUGUCCGACCGGACCGGUUACAUACAGACGUAGAUUGUAAAUCGAUUAGUGAUGUUAAUCCUCGAUGAAAAUAGAACGAUACUCAACAUUCAGUAAGUAAGAUCAAUUGUUAGAUGUAAGUGAAAGUUCGUGUAAGAAAUCGUCGCGUCGUAUCCGACCGCUCAUUAGGUUACUAUUUACUAACAGUCGAACAUGUAGAGUUAACGAGUAUGUAUUAAACCUAGCUUUGGUAAACAUUAGGCCUGUAACGUGAAGGUAAUGUGAAAUCGACAUUCCUUUGAAAAUUGUUUGAAGUGCAACCCGAAGAACAAACGUUUCCGGGCCGCCCGGCUCCCGAGAUCAUUGUAUUAUUAUUAAGACAUAAAGUGUAUGUUGCUUGA